UUAUAAAUAAACGUUCAUGCGGACGCACCGAUUCUUUUCAUCGGUCGAAUCGAUAGCAUCAAUUCUAUCGAUUUGCUGUCGUUGCGGGGUAAAUACUAUUAUCGACGCAUCAUUGUCUUCGUUCACGGGUUUUGAGUACAAACAUCAAUAAUACACCUGCCGCGUUGAUUUUUUCAAACACGGUAACCCGAUUCCUUUAUUACCAUCUUCUUCUUCAGGAAAUCAUUUUGUAAUCUUUAUAAACAGCUAUACAUACUUUCGUUCUCAACAAACUUUGUUUAGAAUCCCUCAAAUUUAAUCAGAAAACCUAACACAAACCUUAUCGAAAUGAAGUUAUAUAACUCGACAAGAUGGAUAGAAAUAAUAUUUUAACAGACUGUUUCCUUUUUAGAACAAUACAAGGAAUAGAAACGAAGAUUUUUUCACAGUCCAAAGAAAAUUCGAUCCUGACAGAGUUGAAGACGAUUACAGAGGUGAAAAUUAGAAUGGAAGCCAUUUACAACUUUAUAUUCGAUGUGGCUCUUAAAGAAAAGUGCAUGGUUCGUUAAAUUAUGGAAAAUUCUUCCUUCAAACAUAGUGCCCCGUAUUCAAAAGUGAUUGUCUGAGGGCAUCCUUACUUCGAGCAAAGUUCAAAAUUGUCUAGAAUUCUUUAAAAUUCGUGUUAUAUCGAAGAAAGUGGAGCGUUACGUUUCCAACAUAAUUUUCACCUCGAUUGUGAUCUUCGAUCGUCUUUCGUUUCCCCGGGGGAGGGAGCGAUGUCUAACAACGAUACGGGGCACCAUUCAUUUAAUUAAUUCGCUCGAAAUGAUGUGAAAAACAGAACAUUUUCUUGAUCUCUAUAUGGAAGGUAAUUUUUACCGCAUGCGUUGAAAGUAAGGGCGAGAGGACUAUGUUGAGAUAAUUCUCAGUCUACAUUCGAUCGCUGUCUGUGGCGUUUCGUGCUUCGUCCUGUUAUCGAUGGAUGUAAUGCAAGUAACCGUUUCUUUGUCUUACGUAACAUCUUUCUAAAGCAAAUUAAUGCAUCGAAUGAAGUGAAUAAAUGAAUGAAAAUAUUAUUAGGAUAGGAAUUUAUUUAUCGAUGAUAAUUCGAAGUCUCGUUUGACGUGUAAAAGUGUUACUUGCUGACGUUUGAUUGCAAUGACCGAGGUCGUUUCUAGUGAUUAUAACUCUUCUGAAAGGAUGAAAAUAUUGUUAAAUUAUUUCCACGAGAUUCUUCAGUAGAAUAAUCAACGUCAAUGGAAACAACACCGUCGAUUCUUAUAAUUAUUCACAAUUAAAGAGUCUCGUACGAGAUCCAUAGCUCGAUAGAGAUAAAGAAGAUUCUUCAAAACUUAUCCAUAGUUCUAUUUCCCUUCGAAAUUUAUACAAAAAUGAAAGUAGAAUUUUUCAUGGCGGCGACAUUUCACAUGGUCACGAGCACUUGUAUCUUACCCUCGCCGUUGAUAUUGCAAUUGAUCUUGGAAUUUGCUAAAUGGAAAGAUUGGGACCAAAUAGUACUAUUCCAGGAUUUAACUUCCUUUGAUUGCGUCUUUACUUACACAAGACCUUUGAUCGCGUGUCUUUCCGACGAGGGAAUCGCCGUGUCGAUUCAAUCGGCUGCCAACCCGAACAUACCUGACGUCCUUGUGAUCCAGAAGCAUCGAAUCGGAUCGAUCGUUCUACUGGAUGGGCUUAAUCUCACUUCCUCUGAUAAUAUUCUUCAUGUGGCGUCGCAGAAAUUUCAGUUUAAUUAUUACGUGUCUUGGCUGAUGAUAACCAUGAGAAACACGGAUGCGACGAUCGAUACCGUACUUCGACACUUGAAUAUCGGUAUCGACAGUGACGUGAUCGUUGCAACGCCUUCGUCGACGUACGAAGUGAUUCAGAAAAUGUCUCGAACGUACUGGAACAGAACGUGCGUAUUUCUGCAACACUACGGGACGAGCUUCAAGUUCGGGGAGCCACCGGUCAAAAGGUUCGACGAGAACGCGUCCCUCAAUUUAAAUUACGCGGUACUCGAGAAUAAAACAGUGCUCUACCACUUCGUCCACGUGUAUAAAAUCCGAUAUUCGGACAACACCAGUCUAGUGACAAAUUUCCUUGGUUCUUGGUAUUUGGACUCGUGGUCAUUGAAUAGUCCAAUUAGUGUGAAAUUGAGGAACGAGUUCAAAGGGCAACCGAUCGUCUUUGGCGUUCUCAAUGGAACCAUUGAUGGACAAAUGGAUGUAAACGAGGAGGAGACGAAUGACAUCGCACCUUUUCUCGACUUCGCCAAAUUCGUUGCUAGCAGCGUGAACGCCAGCAUAGAGCUGGUGCCACACGAGAAGUUGGGUACUUUGAAUAAUAAAGUGUGGAAUAAUCUCCUCGGAGAUGUCGUCACCGGUGAUGUGGACAUUGGUCUAGGAUAUAUUACCGUCAAUAAGGAACGACAAGCUGAAAUGUCGUUUAGUCAUCCCCUAAUUCGUUAUAUGAGGAACGUUUACUAUCAUCCACUGGAAACUGGUACCAUGAGGGACAUAUUUCGUCAACCGUUUAAUAACUGUUUACUGAGUUGUGUCGCAUCUACUUAUUUCGCCAUACUCGUAGCGAUGGGAUUAAUCAUUUACGCAGCGAAAACUAUUUUACACAAUGAAGAAGCUAAACGCGUUGGAAUAGGGGAGGCUGCGCUUUGGUGCAUUAGCAUAAUGUGCAUGCAAGGUACUCCAUGGACACCACGAAAUCCAUCAGGAAAGACAAUAUUAUUAUUCAGUUUAAUGUUCGCCUUAGUAACGUACAAUGCUUAUGCUGGUUUCAUCACUUCGAUCUUAUCGGUACAGGCUAGUGGUAUCAAAUCUAUUACCGAUAUUUUGUCGCACAAUUUCAAAUUGGGAUACAGCAUCACCGAUGAUGAAUACAUUAGAAACGUGAAUGAUAGUAAUCUUCGACAGUUGUAUAUAAGAGCGUAUAACAAUCGGGAAUCUAAAUUGGAUACUACUUCUGGUCUUACAAAGGCCGUGAAAGGCCAUUAUGGCUUCUUCGUAAGUGCAACUCUCGCACGACGCGCCCUCAGGUCCACACUGAUUCAAGAACGAUGUACUCUAAAAGAAUUACCUCUUCCACAAACAUUCACAAUGGUGGCUCUACCAAUGGCUAAUUCUUGUCCUUAUAAAAAAAUUAUUAAUUUAAACAUUUUGAAAAUACGAGAACGAGGUGUUCUGAACAGGAUAACAGAACGAAUGCUGCCAGAGAUGCCUCGAUGCAAAUCGCCUACCACAUUUCACAGUGCCAGGCUGGCCGACGUUUAUUCCGCUUUCUUAAUCUUGAUCGCUGGAGGCGUAUCGGCCGUUUCUAUCGGGAUCGUCGAGAGAAUUUGGCACAAGAGGCGACAAAUGAAGGAAACGAUCGUUCGUGGAAUGCGUCAACAUCGCCUAAUGCCCUCUUACUUGCCGCAUCUGCCACAUUUGCCUCGUUUCUCUCAUUUUCCUCAAUUAUCGCAUUUGCAUUUCCGCGACGAUCGUCGAAACGAUUUUUCUCUCGAUCGUGACUCGCGAUCAAAUUUAACGAUAAACAACGAAUGCGUAGCAGCGAAUCCUUCCGACUCCAUGCAAGAAUCGCGAGAACAAAUUACACGAAGGAAUUAUAACCAGGAACGCUAUGUGCGUUCGGAUGAAGACAUCAAUCGACCUCGUUUCGAGCCGAAAUUUUUCAACUGGAGGAGGCGUAGCAAUUUCAAGCGAACGAAUUGGAGCCCGUUUUCGGGAUUACCAAGAACGAGGCUUGGUAGAAGUCAGAAAAGUAGAUCUAAGGAUAACACGGUAUUUCCUUUUCAUCAAUGAUAAGAAACGAUGUUAUGUAUCAAGGAAUUCACGAGAACGUAACCCCUUUCUUGAAAGUUUCAUAAUUUUAGUAUUAAUAUAUUUGGGCUUCGUUUCUUUUCGAUAUCAAUCGUGUAACCUUCAUGCGCUUGAUCAGUUUUUAAAUGAUUUCUGUGGCGAAUUGUUUUGGCAAGAAUAUGGAAUUAUCCGGAUAGUCGAUAUACUAUUGCUUCUUUGUAGACAUUCUUAAGGUAGUAUUUGUACAACGUUUCAAAAUAUAGGUUAAUCUGGAAAUUAAAUAUCUAAUGUUGGUUUCGCAUAAGUGUUUUUUCUGCUGUGUCCUUUAAGCUGGGUAAAAGAAAUAUUGAUUAUUCUGUAUAUGCGUAUGUGUGUGAAAUAUAAUUUCUUAUUACAAUCUAAUUGGGUCAUAAAUUAUCAUUUAUUUCUAAUGUUAAUAAUUUGUUUGUUUGUAAAAAACACUGAAUGACGUUAGAAGAAAAUGUUUAUGUUAUAAUAAGUUGGAAUUUCCAGUUGAAGCAUUUCAUCAUUUGCAUCAAUUUAUAGAAUGUAUCUUUAUUGUAACAUAUCGUACGUUUUUGAAGUUUAUGUUUAAGAUCAAAAAAAUGAAUUAUGCAUUGAUUAACCGUUUAGAUAUUUGUUUAUGUUUCUUAUAUUUAUGUAUUGUAAGAAAUAUAACUCAUAUUUAUUGGAAUAAAUAAAUAUUACAAAUACAGCUAAAAUGAGUUACGAUGUAACGAUCUCUUA